UAUAUUGUUUAUGUAAUUAGUCUUUGAAGAAAUUUACCCAAAAAAGUCAAUGCUUGUGUCUGCAUUCAUGGCGUCGAUGCCGAGGAGCAAACAUCUUCUCCUGAUCUGUUACGUUUCUCUGCUUCUUUGCUUUGUAUCACUGUCGUCUUCAUCAUCUGAUCUCUCUGGUGCAUCUCUACCAUCUUCGUCGAAAGUCUCGCUGAGCCUGUACUAUGAGUCUCUCUGUCCAACCUGUUCUUCAUUCAUAGUUGACCACCUCGUGAAGCUCUUUGAUGACGAUCUCAUAUCCAUCGUUGAUCUCCAUCUAUCUCCCUGGGGCAACACCUACCUCCGCCCCGACAAUGUCACUGCCCUUUGCCAGCACGGGGCAGUUGAAUGUUUCUUGGAUACGGUGGAAGCGUGUGCCAUUGAUUCUUGGCCGAAACUGAGCGAUCAUUUCCCUUUCAUCUACUGUGUUGAGAGUUUGGUGACAGAACACAAGUACGAUAAGUGGGAGACUUGUUAUGAGAAGCUCAAUCUGAGCUCAAAGCCUGUUGCUGAUUGCCUCAGCAGUGGACGUGGACAAAAACUUGAGUUGAAGUAUGCUGCAGAAACGAGUGCACUUCAGCCGCCUCAUGAAUAUGUGCCAUGGGUAGUCGUGGAUGGUCAGCCACUUUAUGAGGAUUAUGAAAAUUUCAUAAGCUACAUCUGCAAGGCAUACAAAGGUAAUAAAGUGCCUGGAGCUUGUGCCAAGUAUUCAUCAUACAACUUCAUUGGCAGUGUGAAAGUGAAUCGCUUCCCUCUGGUUUGCAUGAAAGGAGUCAAUACGAUGUGGGAUUUGUUGGAACGUAUCAAAACCUCUUUAUCCUCGUACGUCAACAUCAGAGGCCUGCUAUAAACAGUUAAACUAAACACCUUCACUUUCUGUUGUGUUAUGUAACAUGAUACCCUAAAAUGUGAUAGAUCCCAGUUACUCAGGACAAUCAAAUGUUGAUCAAACUCUCUCCUCUCUCAUUUGGCUUUUCUGAAACUUACACCACAAGUUCCAACAAUGUAUACUUGGGUUGGGUUUAGACCAAUGACUCAUUAUCCG